AAGAUACAUAGUAUACAACUAGUUUGCAUAUAGUACUUUAUUAUAAUAAUAACUUGAAUAUUCAAUCUCUUCAUCUACAGUAUAUAUAUAUAAAUAUAUUUAGUGAUUGUUAAUAGUAAAUGGUGACUCUCCAUUAACUAUUUUUUUCGUCGCUUCUCACACGACCUCCUCUCUCUCUCAUGUUUUAUAUGCAGUCCGUGGUGUCUCCAAUUGACAAACUGAAUAUUUGCCAUCCAACAAUCAAACUAUGAACUUACAGUAAAUUUAUCAUUAAUUAUCAAUUUGAUUCAUCAAUUCAUCAUAAAGUCGAUUAUAGAGCAUUUGCUUUGAAGAAAGAAAGAGAAAGAGAGAAAUACACUCAAUCCAGCAUUGCCUUAAAGACACAUAUCCAUUUCAUUAAUUAAUAGAUAGAUAAAUAAAUAAAUAUGGCACCAACUAAGGACGCCAAAGAUCAGCACUCUAGUGCUAAAGAAUCGGGAGAUUCAUCUAGUGCUACCACUACAACUACUACUCCAUCUACUAAGAAACAACCUAAAGAAGAAGAAUUAUCAGAAGAAGAUCAACAUUUAAAAGAAGAAUUGGAAUUACUCGUUGAACGUUUAAAUGAAUCAGAUCAAUCCAUUGAAUUAUAUCAAGCUAAUUUAUCAGCUUUAAAGACUUUUAUUAAAGAUUCAACUACUUCAAUGACUGCAGUUCCAAAACCUUUAAAAUUCUUAAGACCUCAUUAUCCUUCACUCACUGUUUUAUAUGAUAAUUGGGUUGAAAAAUUUGGUAAAUCAACUGAUGUAGUAAAUAAUUUAGCUGAUAUUUUAUCAGUUUUAGCCAUGACUUAUUCAGAUGAUGGUAAAAAGGAUUCUUUAAAAUAUAGAUUAUUAUCAACUCAUAUUACUAUUGCUGAUUGGGGUCAUGAAUAUAUGCGUCAUUUAGCUCUUGAAAUUGGAGAAUCUUAUCAAGAAAAUUUAGGUUCAGAAGAUGGUACUAUUGAAAAUUUAACUGAUUUAGCCUUAAAAAUCGUUCCCUUCUUUUUAAAACAUAAUGCUGAAGCUGAUGCAGUAGAUUUAUUAUUAGAAAUCGAAUCCAUUGAUAAAUUACCUACUUUUGUUGAUGAAGCUACUUAUGGUAGAGUUUGUCUUUAUAUGGUAAGUUGUGUACCAUUAUUAGCUCCACCUGAUGAUUCUGCUUUCUUACAUACUGCAUUUGCUAUUUAUUUAGCUCAUAAUCAAUUAACUCAAGCUUUAGUAUUGGCUAUUAAAUUAGAUGAUGAAUCUUUAAUCACUCAAGUUUUCAAUUCAACUAAUGAUGAAUUAAUUCAUAAACAAUUGGGACUUAUUUUAUCUCAACAAAAUAAUGGAUUCAAAUAUCCUGGUGAAAAUGAACAAGUUCAAGAAACUAUCUCCAAUGUUAAAUUACAUGAAUAUUAUGCUUAUUUAGUUAAAGAAUUGAAUUUAUUAGAUCCAAAAGUUCCUGAAGAUAUUUAUAAAUCUCAUUUAGAAAAUGCAAAAUUCGGUUUAGGUACUGGAUCAGUUGAUUCUGCUAAACAAAAUUUAGCUGCAUCAUUCGUAAAUGCUUUUAUUAAUUUAGGUUAUGGAACUGAUAAAUUAAUUCAAACUGAAGAUGAAAGAAAAACUUGGAUCUAUAAAACAAAAGGUUUAGGUAUGGUAUCAACCACUGCAUCAUUAGGAGCCUUAUAUCAAUGGAAUAUAAAUGAAGGGUUACAAGCUUUGGAUAAAUAUACUUAUGCUGAAGAACCUGAAGUUAAAGCAGGAGCUCUCUUGGGUAUAGGUAUUGUGGCAUCAAAUGUUCAUGAUGAAAAUAUAUCAGCUUAUGCAUUAUUAGAAGAAUAUGUUGGGGCUGAUAAAUUCCAAACUUCUGCCAUUACUGGUUUAGGUAUUGCCUUUGCUGGUUCUGCUGAUGAGAGCGUAUUGAAUUUAUUAUUACCUUUGGUAUCUGAUACUACUGUUAAAGUUGAAGUUAGUUGUUUAGCCGCUUUAGCUUUAGGUCAUGUCUUUGUUGGUACAUGUCAUGGAGAUAUUACUUCAACUAUUUUACAAACCUUUUUAGAAAGAGAUACAUUUGCAUUUGAUGAUAAAUAUAUUAGAUUCAUGGCUUUAGGAUUAGGUUUAUUAUAUAUGGGAAAAACUGAACAAGUUGAAGAUGUAUUAGAAACCAUUGAUGCUAUAAAUCAUCCUAUCAGUAAAACUUUAAAAGUUUUGGUUAAUAUUUGUGCUUAUGCAGGUACUGGGAAUGUAUUACAAAUUCAAUCUUUAUUACAAAUGUGUACUGCUAAACCAAAAGAUUUAUCAGAAGAAGAAAAGAAAUUAGAACUUUCGGAAGAUCAACUUAAAGAAAAAGAACUCAAAUCAGAAAUAAAACAAGCCUUAAAUGAAGAUGUGGAAAUGGAAGAAGGAGCUGAACCAGCUGCUGCUUCAUCUACCACCAAUGAAGUUAAAGAAGAACAAGAAGGAAAGAAAGAAUCUGAAGCCACUGCUGCUGAUGGAGAAGAACCUGAAGAUGAAGAUGCUGAUGAUGAAGAUUCCGAAAAAGAUGAAUUAUAUCAAGGUAUAGCCGUAUUAGGAUUAGCAUUAAUAGCCAUGGGUGAAGAUAUUGGAUCUGAUAUGGCAUUAAGACAUUUCUCUCAUUUAAUGCAUUAUGGAAAUCCAAUAAUAAAACGUGCUGUUCCAUUAGCUAUGGGAUUAGUUUCCACUUCAAAUCCUCAAAUGAAAGUAUUUGAUACUUUAUCAAGAUAUUCUCAUGAUCCUGAUUUAGAAGUUUCUCAAAAUGCUAUUUAUUCUAUGGGUUUAGUAGGAGCUGGUACUAAUAAUGCUAGAUUAGCUCAAUUAUUAAGACAAUUAGCUUCAUAUUAUGUUAAAUCUCCUGAUUCAUUAUUUAUGGUUAGAAUUGCUCAAGGGUUAUUACAUUUAGGUAAAGGUACUUUAACUUUAAGUCCAUUUAAUAUUGAAAGAACCAUUACUUCUAAAGUAUCCUUAGCUGCUUUAUUAACUAUUUCAGUGGCAUUAUUAGAUCCAAAAUCAGUUAUAUUAAGUGAUACAUCAUUUGAAACUUCUCAUCAAUUAUUAUAUUAUUUAAUUCCUGCUGUUAAACCUCGUAUGUUGGUUACAGUUGAUGAAGAUUUAAAUCCAAUUAAAGUGAAUGUUAGAGUUGGUCAAGCUGUUGAUGUGGUUGGUCAAGCUGGUAAACCAAAGACUAUAACAGGUUGGGUUACCCAGUCAACACCUGUAUUAUUAAAUUAUGGUGAAAGAGCUGAAUUAGAAAAUAUUGAUGAAUGGAUAUCUUUAAGUGGAUCCUUAGAAGGUGUAGUUAUAUUAAAGAAAAAUCCAGAAUAUAUGGAAAUAGAUUCAUAGAUUCUUCUUAAAAUAAGAAAUUUAAAAUACAAUAAAUAUUAAUACAAAAAAAUGAUUUCUAUAUUUAAUAAAAAAAAAAUUUGAUACGAUAUAUAUAAAAAAAUGGGAAGAGAAAGGCUUCGUUGUAGAU